AUGGCACAAGAACGGGGCAAACGCUCUGCCUCAGCAAGGGACGACAUCACUUCAAGCAGCCCGAUUUCAGUCAAGAAAGCAAAGAACAGCAAAGCUGAGGCAGGCUUGCGACCUGGAGAAGGCCUUCUUGGCAACCCAGCUGAAGAAAGGGCUUUUACAGGAAGGCAGAAGAAGCAGCAGCAGCAGCAGAAGGUAUCCCUCUCAUAUGCUUUCAUUCUUCUUUGGAUAACAGUGACAUUGUCCUUAGCAGCCAAACAACAGCGCCAGCCGGACGAGGAUGAUGAUGUCGGCAUGCUCGAUGACAGUAAGGUUGAGGUUAGGCCUGAAGACACAGAACCAGAGCGCAGUGAUAGCAAAAUGGACACCGUCCAUUCCGGGGAUUACAAGUCAAAAUCCCAACUUGAGCUCCUUACAAUGCGCUCAUCCAAUGCUGGGCCAAGGUACUCCCAUAUUGGUACUAUCUUGCCGAAACCCCCUAUCCUCGCUACGCCUGGUGAAAGUAAACGCAGGAGUUGGAACGGCGCCGGGCUCUACAUCAAGCUACUGCGGAGAGAAAUAUCGUGGGCUUUCGUUGGCUUUGAAGAAGGUGGUGCUGACGCGGUGGGUGCUCUUAGCCCCAAGAGUGAAUUCUCGUCGAGAUUCAACACCGAUCCCGCUCCUCACUCGGCGAAGCCGGUCCCAAAGCCAGCUCCACCGCAAACCGUCGCUGGGCCCUCAGCGGCACCAACUUCUUCUUCCUCCUCGCCGGGGACGCCGCAAGGCGCCACCCCUCAGACCACCGCCCCCCCAACCACCGCCGCCCAUACCAUCACCUCCACUACCAUCGGCGAGGAGCCCGUCGAUGAGGAGAUGGACAACAUGGGACCGUACGACUGUCCCGGUGACGAAUGUCCCGGCGACCCCAUGGAUGGAUGCGAACCGGAUGCCGAAGGCGACAGCACGAUGUUGGACACGAGUGGCUGGACGAACAUAGACUUCCUCCGCUACUGGCUCCACUCAUGGUCUAACCGCACUGUGGAGGAUGUCUUCGGACAGCUCCGCCGUCAGCCGGUCACCGUUGACGAGCGCUUCUUCUGCUGGAUCUGCGCAAACAGGAAUAACCUCGAGUUGAUCUCCGAGCAGUGCAUGCUCUUCCCAAUGGAGACUUCUCGCCUGUUGGCACUCCUCCAGUGAAGGCAGUUGAGGUCGGAUGGAUGAUCUUGUUCAGGGACAGGUUGAGCCCCCUUCCUCGCGCAGGCAUAACUUCUAACCAGCUCGGCGUUCCUGUCCUUAGUAGCGUUUUAGCGAACAGGAGGUUGUC